AUGGCUUAUCGGAACAUAAGGAAAGAGUGGAGAAGUCUUGGCUCGCCUCUUUCUUGGCGACUAAUCUGCAAGAAAAGUUAUGCAGCUUUCUCUAAUGAUGAUUUAGAGAAACUUAAUGGGUUAACUCUUCACUCCGUGAAGGUAACCCACUGGUGUCCACCUCCUGGCAUCCCCUUAUCUGUUGUGCGUAUGCUGGUCAGUAAGGUAUGAAGCUUAAAUAAGUUUCUCUAAGUCAGUAUUUGCACUUCAUUCGUUCUUUGUUGUCGAACAUACGACAUUAUUUUUUUCGUCGUUUAGAACUCGUCAUUUUGCUCGCACACUCCCCUAUAAAGCUUCGGUCCCCUGAAAGUAACGAAAGCCGCUAUUUUUGCCACAAACAUAACAAUUCAGGAACCUGCUGGCGCUGGGUGAGGACAAAACAUGGACCCCCACUUUGGACCAGGUCCAUGGACCACUUUCAUGGCCCGGGUCCAUGGACAGUUUUUUUUAAUAAUGAGAAAUGAACAAAAACAGAAAUAGUGCAAAAAUAAGGUUAAAAAACAACAACAACAACAACAAACAAUGCUCGAUUGAUCAGUAAUGUUUAAUUGUGCUUACAUAGUGUAAAAAAAGGGGGGGGGGGGGUUCGGUACCUCAUGCCAAAAUGAUGCUUGUUCCAAUGAAUUGUUUUCUCUGAUGGGUGAGCAAAUGUGAAUUUUUGCCGCUUAUUUCACGCUGAGAGGUCAUGACACCCAUAUUGAUUUUCUACCUCGUUUAAAUGUAAAGCUGUUUAUUGCAGCUGAUUAAAAGGGUUUUAGGUUGUUUAAUUUCUCCAAAGUGCAUCCUGGAUCUGAAUAAUUCUAAGCCACUUUCUUUUUGUCCAUGAAUGUCACUUUUUCCUGCAAUGUUUUGUCAUGCUGGGCCCAGCUCCUUAGCGCUUUUAGCAGGACGAUUAUAAAUUCUCACAGAUAGUGAUUUACAGAUCCAGAUCAAGAAGAAGAAGAGGUGGUAUGGAUUGUAGCUUAAACUGAAGCUACAUCAACUAUGGAGAAUUGCGAUGUGACUCAGUCAUGAUUGUUCUAAAAGCAAUGAAUUCUUAACUCCAGCUUGUUUUUCUAAGGGUGAUGUGAGUCUUUGUGCUGGAGCGUGUAAUUCCUCCCAUGGUGAUAACUUUUGAAGUAACUUAAUUUAACAGUCUUGCGACUGCACAUGUGCAAGCGGAGUGUAUGUCAUGUAAGCACAACUAAAUAUUUGUGAUCAAUCGUGAGCAUUGGUCGACAGCGUCUCGUCAAAUCUUUUUUUGGCACUAUUUCUGUUUUUGAGUGUCCAUUGACCUGAUGCAAAACCUUCUUAUAAAAAUAAAAAAACUGUCCAUGGACCUGGUCCAUGACAGAGGGUCCAUGGACCCGGUCCAUGAAAGUGGUCGAUGGACCCGGUCCAAAGAGGGGGUCCAUGGACCCCUGGGCCAUGUUUUGUCCUCACCCGCUGGCGCUGGCGUCAGUCCACUGGUAAGACCAGAGUUCUGCAUUUCAGGGUUAAAAAUACACCGUUAAAAGACAAAAAAUGGAAAGAGAAAGUUCAAAAGAAUGCUCAGUGUUCUUUUUGUGGAGAAAGGGGCUGAGCUUUUAAUCAAGAGAAUUCAACCUUGUUUUCUUCACGGUGGAGCGCAUUUUCAAAACAGACCAAUCCAUGCGUCACUGCUUCGGUUGAAUUAUUCAACCAAGGAAGCGAUGUUUUUGCUGAGUUUUCAGGUACAUUUUGAACUCUAUGGUCAAGAAAAUUAUGCUUUUGAAAGGGAAUUUAUGUAAUUAUAAAUGUUUUAUAGACGCUUUAAUUAGUACAUUUUUUGUUCGGUGAUUACAAAAUGCGCCCCGAUUUUGAGAUCGAUUUUGUGCUGAAUUUUGCCAUGUGCUCUGCCGAUUUUACUUGCAUUGAUGGAUACACGAUCCAGAUAAUCUUAUCCUAAUUGCUUUAAAGGACUAUCUUUUUGGAUUUUGAAAAAAAGCCUUUCAAGUUACGGCUUCUCUGGCUAUUGUUUUGAGUUUGUUCAUUCAUAAAAUUAGCUUGAAACACGAUAGUGAUACUUCAGCAUCCAAGCUCUCAUUGCACACAUCAGUAUAAAAUAAUUUUGCGAAGGUGUCAGCAAAUUUUAUACAAAUUUUACUUUAAGGUUCAGUUUUUAGACACUCCUUGAUACGCAACUAAUGAAUUUUAUUCAAAAAUAUGUUUUGCUGUUUAUUCUAGACUUUUAAUAUGAGAAUUUUAAAAGCCUAUUUGCAGUAUAACAAUAUUUUAGAUAGAUAGAUUGAUGCUUGUUUAUUUUACCCAAUUGCAGCAUUAACUGAAUUGCUGGGUAGGCUAGCAAUAAGAUACAAUUACACAAUAUGUUGAUAUUUGACAGUGACAAAAUCAUUUAGUCUACUUCUGUUUCCUUACUUCAAAUGCUUUUUCUGUAGCUCAGAUGCAAUUCGAAGUCAUACCUAGUGAUUUUUCAAAGUCGUGUUGCAGAAAGUAGUAUAAAAUAAUGUGAUCAACAAUGACUAAAGAAGUAAAAAUCGUGAAGCAGUGAUUCAAAACCUUUUCAAUAAUCCUUUAACCUUGUCAAAGAUUAGCGGCUGUUUUGUUAAAAUCGCUUUUUAGAUCAAUCAUUGUUUCGAUUCUCCUAUCGAACCUUGUCAGUUGCCGAGUCCUCUACUUUGUGUUUAGUUGCGACUGAGUGCACAAGUAGUUCUAAACAGAUCAGUGAAACACAUGUAAAACCCAGAGCCCUUCAAAGUAAUGCCGGAAUUCUCCUUCAAAGUGCAGGGAAUAUAUGCUAACCCAAUAUUCUCGACAUCCACAUCCACAUCAAGCACUGCGAUGUUCAUUUUGCACCUGCUGAAGAAUACUGAUCAUAUGUCCCAUAUGCUGUGAUAAUCUAGCUUGAAACGAGGUGUGCCAUGGGAUACUUAAUCGUUGUCUGGUAACAAACCAAAACUUUUUUCAUGCACUAUAAUGAUCUCCUUUCAUGCGCCUUGUCAGAUCUGGAUUUUGUCCUCAGCUUGCACCAGCCAUCCUCAUCAUUAAAAACAAUAAACCUUGGAUGAAUCUUAUGUAAAAAGUGGAUGUUGGCAACGACAGUGAAUGAAAAUGAAACAAAAUAGCAAGUUUUUUCUUAUCACUGUAAAGCACAUUUUAUAAAUUUGCUCAAACGUUCCCUGAAAAAGCCACCGACUUUGAAACUCCUUACUUGCCUGUUUUGUCCACAAAAAAUUUCAACAUUGCAAAAACUUGUAGCACUGUUUUAACUGGCACCAAAUCCCAGCACUAAAUGCAUGUGUACAUUAUCAGACUGGUGAAAAUGCUUUCAUUGCAGCAAAACAGGAACUUGCUCUUUUCUCUGACAGUGAAAAUCGCUUACUUUCAGGAUAAUUGACUUAAAAAGCGAAGUAAAAUUUUCAUGCAUAUUUCCUUUCAUGAAACUAGUGCUCGUUAAAUAAUUGAGUGUUCUGAGCUGACCUUUUCCAGAUAAAAAUAUUGACAGCAGGAAAAAAUAGUUAACCUGAUCAUGCUGCCCAUGGUCAGGUCAAUGAUUGUUUAAAAACAUAUUUAUUUUGUUCUACUAGUCAUAAGAAAGUACUUAAAAGGGCAAAAUGUUCUUUAUGCUGACAGUCUCUCAAAUUAUCUUGUUGGCGUCCGCAGAUAUAAAACUGUUUUGUGGUUAUAUGGAGAUGGGGAAAUAGUGCCUUUUUUAUAGAUGAGGCUACUGUAAUACUUUGUGCUGUUGGAGUGAGUGAUUCAAUGCACUCUAAGUACAUUGUCUACAUGUUUGAUAUUUUGUUAUUUUGGAAAUAUUUUAAUUGUGAGGCUUUUAAAUAACUCCUUAUGCAGCACAAAAUGCUCAGCUUAACAGAUUUAGUUAACCCAUUCGCCCCUGAACCACCGGUAACUGCCGUGUAUGACAGCCCCUAAAUUCCCUGAACAGCCCGUAAAAAUGGCCGCUGGAGUCAGUCCAUUCGCCUCUCCGCCCUGGUAUUUUUUUGUCUUUUGUUUUUACAGAGAGAUUGAUAGAUUAUAAACCAAUCAUUUGCUAUCUUUUGUGCAUUUUUCGACAGAUGAUGAGAAGCACUACAGGGUCGAUUUUUUCGAGCAGCUCGAAUAAAAGAAAUUUGCUAGAGUAAUGGCUGGCUGUGUCGAUUAUGAAUAAAAGUUCGCAUCAUGUUUGAGAGAAUAUAGUGAUAAUUUGACUUUUGAUCACUUCAGAUUGUUGAACAGACCUUGUGAAAAACCUUUUGAUUGAGAGUUUAACUAUGUAAAGACUGAAAAAGACAAUCCUAACCCUAAAAUUGCCGAGUGCUUUGUGGGCAAACAAACCACAUGGACUAUCAAUAAGGACUUACCUCUUUCUUUUCAUUUACUUGCAUCCAAGUUCCUCUUUGCAGCAAAUGUUGUAAAUGAACUGUUUCUUGAACUGCUGAAGGUGAUGCUUUUGUGGUGUUAAAAGUUUGAGAAAAGUAACGGAUUGUGUGCAUUGAUCGAUUUGGAUGACAGUCCCCAUGAAUUUACUUCACAUUACGUGGAAGCUCUCGGCGAAUAAACAGUACUACUCAGUUAUUUACAGUUGCCAAAUGAUUCUUUUUUUUUUAUGUUUAUUUUUCUUUGUGUAUAACUAUUAACACCUAUUGACUUGUGCAUUGGUAGAUAAAGAAUAAAGUAAGUCUGGGAUUUAACUUAUUUGUGCUUUACUUUGUUGGUCUGACAUGAUCAGGGAGGCAUUUGAGUUCAGGAUAUGAAAUAUCCUUCCCUAAAAGGUUGUGGAUUUGCCACCUUCUCUUGCGAGUACAUUUAUUUUAUUGUUAAAAUCAAGAAUCGAAAAAAUAUAUCAAAGUGUGGGUAGCUGAAGUCCAGCAUUCCCAUGUUUUAUUAAACUUUCCAUGCUUGAUGUGAAACUCCUCAGAUCAAUUUUUGUGAAGUGAUCCUCACCAAAGUUUCACUACAUUUUCCACGGUUGCUUCUCGACCUGACUGAUCUGAAAGAGAACUUAAUGAAACAAAUAUCAGUAAAAUGAAUACAAAUGAAAUGAAAUAGAAUGAAUAAAAUACAAUGUUGUUGAUGUUUUUUUCAGCUGUGUUUAGGAACGAUGACUGAAUGAAAGGAGUAAGUCUUCUCCAUGUCGGACAUCUUAUGUUGUUUGCUCUCAGAUUUCUAGCAUCCUUUUAAACUAUGGUAAAUGUUUGUUACGCAUGCGCAUAAUGUUUCUUUUGUGAUAAUUUGAGCAAGCUUACUGCUGUGGUAGUCUUUUCUUGUGUAUGUGCAUUAAUAUAGGCUACGUGGAACCUUUUGUUCCUAAGGAAAUUCACAAUGUUUUCCUCUUAAACUCCUGAGACAUAAACAAAACAGUGUUGCUAAUUCAGUUAAGAAAGGGAGAAUAGGGGGCAUUAUAAAAUUGUGUGCUUGGUUGUCGCACUGGAAAUGUUACCAUGACAACACAGCCCUAUUUUGAAGCCUUUAGUGCUGAAAAAGUACCUGUUGUUGUGAAUUUCAUUUUUUUUUUUUUGCAAUUUUGCAGGAGCAUUGUUUGUUUUUGAGCAAAGGUACUAAGGAAUGAUUUUCACAGAGAGUUGACCUAAACAAUGCUCCCCUGGCAGAUCUCUUUUAACUGAAUGUAUAUGUAACUGUCACUUUGUCAUGUGGUUUGUGUGUGUUUAAUGUAAGUAGAAAUACAGUAUUUAUUUUCUGCUUUUGUUUUGUGUAGGGUCCAUCUGUAGAAGUUAAGAAGCUGGUUCCCUCUCUUGUUCCAUUUUUGAAGGCUGCUGCUGUUGAUGGUUUUCAAGGCAGUGGACCCAAACACAAAGCAUUUGAAGUGUUGGAGAAGGCUUUGCUAACUCUAACAAACCCCAGCAACGAACAUGGAUUGAGUUCGCAAGUUAUGGAAGUGUUGGAGGACCAACUAAUAAAACAGAAGGAUGCAACAAAAGAAAACAAAACCAGAACUGAAGAAGUGGUAAAUGUGGCAAUUGUCGAGCACAUCCUACAACACUUAACAGGUGGCUUUUUUAUUUUGAAUAAAGGUCAUUCAAAAGUUAAGCAGCAUCCGAAAAGACUUUAUAUACCUGACAUGUUUGGAUUGAGUGGUCUGGCCUUAGGUGAGUGAACCACAGUGUAUGUUGCACAUGAUUUUACGUGACAUUUAACAAAUUUGCAAGUCUUAACUUAAUAUUCUUUCUGGUAAAGUCCUCGCGUUCAUCGGCGCUAGCACUUUUGCUUUUAAUAAAUACACCUAUAAACCAUAUAUUUUCUGAAAGCUUAAUGGUUCCAGAUUGUUGCUUAUUCCUUUUAAAAAAUUAACAUGAUUCAGAAAUGACAAACUUUCUGUGGAAGUGGUUGUCACUGUCUGUAAAUUUAAGUCCAUGCCAGCAAAAAGUAACUAAAAGAAGCCAAUUAAGAUUGCCUUUGCUUCUUAACAUGUUUGACUAAAAAAACGUGUUUCAGAUUUUUGUUAAGUGCAUUUGUUCUUUUUUUUUUUAACAGUUGAAGUUAGGGAUAGCAAAUCAUUACAUUCACAUUCAUUAUCAUUACAUUCACUCUCAUUGAAGUCCUGUGGUUCUGUUUUGCUUACAUUCUGGGCCAUCUUGAACAAAAAUAGAAGGUAGAGGGUCUGCCUAUAGUUUUAAAAUCACUUAGAAAAAUUGCUUGUUACGGUGCCCUUGAUAGAUAGGCAUUGUGUCAAAAGUUGCAAUGCCCCCCCAUAAGUUAAUCUGUGGAGCAGCUGAUAAUCUCAUUAAAUGCGAACUGUUGGGAAUGUUUCUACAAUGCACCAUUGUUUGUUCUUAGUUCUUAUACAGGACAAUAUCCCAGAUAUGCUUGUUUCCCACCAUCACUUUCAUAAAGAAAUUCCUAGCUCUUAUAGUUUAUUGUUAUUACAAUUCUACUUUGAUAGGCCACAAAACUGCAUGGUAUGGAGAACUGGACAUGUUGGCUUGUCCUUACAGUGACGGCCUUGCCCUUACAGGUACAGGUUUCAUGUGUGUAUUUGUAUCUUUCCUAGUUUGUGGUAAAAGAAAAAGCUUUUACACAGUUCAUACCUAGACAAAAGUAAUGGGUGUCUGUAAAACGUGGACCGGAUACCUGUGGAUGGCGGAUGGGAAAAUGCAGAUAGGAAAGUGCGGAUAGAAAAAUGCAGAUAGAAAAAAAAUUAAGAAGAACAAAAGGAGAAAAUGUAGAUGGCAAAAAUAAACAAAAAAAGAAAGAACAGCAGCACAUUCAUGUACAGAACGCGGUGUCAAUGCAGUCUCGUACCCAGUCACCAGUUAUGUGUUUUUGGGGUGAGAGAAGUUUGGGUCUUCUCUCAAUUACAUCAGUCUUAUAAGCCCGGUGGCUUCUUUUGGGCUUCCUCGCCAUGAGAGUUUAAGUAAUUAGAUUUUAUUUGAUUUGUACAAUUUUCGGCAAACAAAACAAUAAACAAUAAACAAUAAACAGUCUGCCUCCGACGACGCUUUUUUGCCGUUUUUCGUUCCUUUUCCUCCCUUCAUAUUGUGAUUAUGGUAGUAAUUAAAAAGGAAUUCACCCGUUGUUAUGGUUAUUCGAAUAUAGGGAAAAGGAGCAUAACAAAAAAUUGCCAAAGUAGAACCUGACGGGGACUAGCACAGUUCACACUGACAAACAAGUUCUUUACAGUUCAAGCUUCAGUUACAACUUUUUAUAGUCUAAGCUAUUUCUUGACAUUUGCCGGCGUGCAACAAGAUAUAUAACUAACGAGUGUGGAACAUAUGGGUAAGAAGUGUGUUGCGAUAAAAAACUGGAGACAAGCAAAAAUAUGGCGGGAAAAGUAUCUGCCCAUGUGAUAUAUAAACAAUAAAACAAAGAUCGGCGCCAAGACUGAACUACGUAGUUACAACAGCAGUGUUAUUACUUAUAAUAAUAGAUAAAGAGGUAAACUUACAAAAAACUUUGGUAAAAAUCUAGGUAAAUAAUUAACAAGAGUUUUCCCAGGGAAAUAUAGCCUAAGUGUGAUACCAAAAUCCAAACACUGUAAUCAGAAACCAGUAAAUACCAGUAAUACUUGCUGUAUCCUUAAUUUGUGCUUACAAAACGAUUAAAACUAUUCAAAUGGUCUGGAAUGUACAGUGUCGCAGGCAAACAAAAAUCCUAAAAAAACAAUGAACCACAACUUUCAAUUUAAAACAGGACAUAUUUCGAUCGAUCUACGAUCAUCUUCAGUUGCAAGUAGUACAGUAUGUGAUUUGAAUUAACAAUCCCAUGCUGUAUUACUUGCAUGUGAAGACGAUCGUAGAACCCCAUCGUAGAUCGAUCAAACAUGUCUUUCUAUAAAUUGAAAAUUGAUAGUUGUAGUUCACUUUUUAAGUUCAAACUUUUUUUAACUUCAAAAUUUUUGUUCUUUAACAAAGUUAACAAGUCCUUUAAACACAAAGACAUCGCCAAAAUGAAAAAGAAAACCGUUAGUGUAACAGUACUUCACCUUUUGAUCUCAAAAGGGCAAAUCAGACUCACUCUCUGAACUUUCUUCCAUGGCAGAGUCCACCAGCGUUACAUGAAUGUUAGCGUUGCGUUGAUUUGUAUUGUGAGGCUUUUCAAGACCAGGCUCCCUUUUUUAGGAAACAGGACGAUUUACAAGGCGGGCGCGAAAUAGGCCAAGGAACGCACUUUUUAAUUUUUUGGUUUAUUUUGUCUUAUUUUCUCCAGUUUCUUUUUUUUUUAUGGAAGUUUCGUCUUUCUUUCUUCAAAUAACAAAAGUUGUCCCAACAACUUUACAUACGUGCUUUGCUCCCCGAUGAUGGGUACCAAACUAUUUUUUAUUAUAGACAAGAACAUGCUUUAGAAACGCAAUUUAUAUGUCCAAAUUAGCGACAUUUUUUUGUUGUUGUCAUUGUCCGCCGCAAUUUUUUCUCUUUUUUUUUUGUUUUCUAUCCGCAUUUUUCCUAUCCGCAUUUUUCUAUCCGCUUUUUGCCAUCGCAUCCGCCAUCCGCAGGUAUCCGGUCCGCAUUUUACAGACACCCCAAAAGUAAUGCUUCACUAUGUAAAAUACCUUCAGCUAACUUGAAGAAUCCAUUGAUAUCUUUGGCUCUGUAUCAAUAUUAAAGAGUUCUAAUAAUAAAUUAUUGCCCAACAAUAACUUGUUAAGGUAAUAUUACCAACAUAUGUUUAGUAGCGAUCCCAGGUCAGAUACUGGCUCGUCAAUGCAGUUGGAGUUUUUUAACUCCUUGUUUUGCACUGUGUACCCUGUACUGCGCAUAAUAUUGCUACAUCCAAGAUGGCGGGUUCUUCCCGCUAGUGUGAAAAGAACAAACAAGGACCGCUUUUGCAAAGCUAAAGCUUUUAUUCGUAAUAAUAAUGCCGCAGAUCGGCAGACAGCUUCCUGGUUUGCUAUCGAAAAACGAAAAGUGUGCAUGAUCUCGAAGUUUGCAGUGGUUUUUCACUUUGCGGCCAUCGAGUUCUGGAAUUAUUAAAAUCUCCUGGCGGAGGCUUUGAAUUAUGGGGGUUCUGAAGCCUGUUGGACAGUUCUAUGGAUCUCCAACUGCAUUGACGAGCCAGUAUCUGGCCUGGGAUCACUACUGUACAUAUGUUGUUCAAACUCCGAGAGUGGAGAGAUAAACAUUUCUGGAAAAGUAUGAUCCACAUAGCACUAGAACCACGCGAGGGAGACCAAUCUUGAUUUAAACACGAAGGUUGCCGCUGAAUUAACAUUUUGCGGUGUAUAGAAACCAAAGAAGGGAACAUAUGACGAAUAGGAAUCGAUAGUCUUUUCUUCAAGUUUCUUCAGGGUUCGUACAGGUCAUGAAAAACCUGGAAAGUCAUGGAAUUUUAGCAUUUCAUUUUCCAGGCCUGGAAAGUCAUGGAAUUUAAUAGUCGAUGGAAAUUUAAGGUUUUGUUUGAUAGAUUAGUUACUACCCAUGACAAGGCAAGGAUAAUGUAAGAUAGAGAGAAGUGAUUGAACAACGGAACGGCACGCUUUUUGGUGGACACCAGAGUUUGUGUCUGUUGAACUGUUUAAGGUCCAUAAAUACCCGAAAACAAGGAAAGUCCUAAUUUUUUUUUGAAGUGAUAGCUAAACCUAAGGUCUUGGAAAACUUAAAUGGUCAUGGAAAAAGUCAUGGAAAGUCAUGGAAUUUGAAGUGCUAAGAAGAGUACGAAUCCUGUUCUUUGUCAAGCAUUAUUGUGCAAAAGCAAAAAAUCGAACCCUAGCUCCCAGAAUUAAACAGAACGCCGGCGCUGAAAAAUGGUUCAAAAUAAAGAUUCAUAACUCCAAAAUCUCAUCAGAUCUUGAGUUAACUGGUGGUAUGCAUCAACUCUUCCCUAUAUAUAAGGUACCCCUGUAUGGUAUGUGCCCCUCACAAGAAAGCUUGUUAACUUUAUGUAACACGCCAUUAAAUGCAAGUCACCCCUCAAUUAUUAUUUGCCUCUAGUGCUCAAUAUGUGUUCAGUGCCAGAAUAUUCAUGUUAUUUGCCCCAGAAAGAUUGUUACCAGCCUGUCUGCCUCUAAAUAAAGCAAUUAAGCUAAAAAUGCUGUUGUGUAAAUUUCCAUUUUAUUUUUUGAAUAUUUUCACACAAUGCACCUUGCAUAACUGGCGGUAUGCGUAAACUCGUCCCUAGAUUUAAGGUACCCCCAUAUGUAAUGUAACCUUACCAAUGCUAGUGGACAAGGCUGUCCACCUGACGUAAUUGGUAAAAAGCCACCGACAAUUUGGCGAGGUCCAUGUUUAUUGACCUGUUGCUAUUCCUAAUUGACUCCUCACCAUUUAAAGGUAACUGCAACCCUUCACUGAACUGUACGGCGCCGUGCUGUUCUGCACUGCACUUGACUGUAGGUGCUUGCCAUAAAGUUUGAGCGGACUUUUCGAAACGAAUGGAAUUUUCGCGGCUUUUGCUUGAUUGCUUUGUAGAUCGCAAAUCAAAAUACACCUUAAUUGUUCAAAAGUGUAAAUAAGCUAAACAAAGGUUGUACAUUUACAAAUAUUAGUAUGCAUGGUGAAAAACCAAAGGAAAUGUUACAAAACCCAUUGACUCCUCCUGUGUGGUUCAUUGGGCUUUAUAGACCGUAUUAACAAAUGGCGGACGCGCGAUAAAAACUGCUAAUCAUGAGAACGAGACGUUGUUGGAUAAACAAACAUUAUAAUCUCUCGCUGACAGCAGAGUUUCAGUCAACAUACAGAGCGUUCAGAGCGGUGGUUUCUUCUAUUAAUAAGGUUUUCGUGGAGUUCUUUUAGAAUUACAGGUUUCUUGGGAUGUCGUCAAGGCCUAACGAUAAACAUAAAUUUAUUGUUGUCCCUCUUUGCAACCAAAUGGGAACCGUAGAUCCUCAAGAGAACAGAGUAGGAUUCUUUACAUUUCCAACGGAUCAAAACAUUCGCAAUGCCUACAGAAAAUCCGAAGAGGUGAUGGCCCAAACUUUUCAUUAACGAAAACUAUCAAGGUCUGUUCGCUACAUUUUCGUAGAGACGAAAUAAAACAGCUCUCGGUGGGAAAAAAAGAAAGUUUUGCAACUUAGUCGCAAAACUCAGUUAACAGAGCGUGGCGGCCUCAAUCAGCAACAUGUAACGCAACGUUAUGCUAGCCCUUGUCAUAUCUGCUAGAGUUUUACUGGUGGUAUAGGUGAAAUUACUGGGUGGGACGCAAGUUUACUUCCACAGUUGGGAAAUUACAGAUACACUAGCAAUCCUUGUUUAUGGUGCAGUUGGGGCUAGUUUCUAAUGUAUCGCUCUUUUUGAAUGGCCAGUAAAAAUAAUUUCCCUCAAACAUAUCUCGUGGAGCACUUCAAGUGCACGUUCCAUUCGGUAGUACAGCAUUUAUCAUUGUCUUGCCCACUGUGAGUAGGUCGACUAUAAAAAGCCUAGUUAAAAUCCUGUCUCAUUCUGAACUGUACUGCUAAGUUGUAAUAGUUUAACCGUCCUAAAGUUUUGUAAUUCCCACCCUUCCCUCCCUUUGGACGUGUUCCCCCCUUUACGCCAAAGUUUUUGUUGUCUUGUUUUUAUUAGACUUUAAUUUAAAGCCGAGCUAAAGGAACUGCGACAUUAACGGAAUUAUUAAAAUAUUGAAGGACGCAGUUCCUUCAAAGUUUUUGCGUGGUGUAACCGCGAGUCUCCUCGGAAAAAAACAUCCGCCAUUGAACAGAAGUCAGUUCCCUGAGAAAAGCAAGGGAACUGGAGUAUUUAUCCUGUACUAGCACUAUCACAUUAGCAUGAUUAGACACCAGACAUUCUUCAGCAGAGGAUACAAUUUCAAACUACUUCAAUAUGUACUAGGUUACAGGAAUCGCACGAUUAGUUAAAAAUGCAGCUGUUACAACCUCAGAAGGAAAUUGCUUGUUUAAGUGAAGAGUUGUCAAAUGUAAAAUCACGCUUAGCUACAGAUGAAGCUGAUCUGGUGAAUUCAAAAGUGGAGAUUAAUCGUCGAUCUCAGGAAAAACAACGACUGGACUGUAGAAACUGCUGGAAAAUAUUCGUUAUUAUCGUUCCGUUGAAAAAAAGGUAGACGAAAAUAUUUACGAUGAGAAAAAUAAACAAAAAGAUUGUAACAGACGUGGGCGAAGAAGAACUCUUAAGCCGGAGGAAGAAUUUGUUUUGGUGACCUGUCAACUGCGUCAGGGCUUUCAUGAAAACCAUUUGGCAUUUUUAUGGCAUAUUUACAGUCAGCCGACUGUGAGCAGAAUUUUAUCUCGUGGUUCAAGUUUAUGUUUCUCCGUUUUGGCACUAUUAGCAUUUUUCCGAGCAGAGAGGAAGUUAACAAAACUAUGCCUAAAGAUUACAACGUGAAAUGUCCAAACACUCGGGUGGGAGGGUCUGAAUGGGUUUUAGGGUUUAGUGCUGUUUGCCCAUAAUUUUUAGUGUUUGUUGUUAAAUUGGCCAAUUUUUUAAUGUCUACUGUUAAGUGUUUGGAGGAUUCUUCGGACAUCUUUGGCAAUGGUCGGACCUCUACACUAGUCUUCGGAAAUAUUCAACCGUCUUCGAGAAUCGUCGAUAGCAUUCGGAAAUCGUCGGAAAUAACCCGGAAUUGUAAAAUGGCCGAAAACUCCUUGAUAUACUAGACAAAAUUUUUGGAGCCGUUUUGGCUUCUUUCUGGAGAAAAUUUCCUUUUUAAAAGAAUUUUUUAUUGUUAGUGUUAAAAUGCCUAAAAUGUUUAACUGUUUCAUGUUACAAAGCCAAAAAAUGAAGUGCUUAGUGUUAUCGAGGUACCCCUAUUCAGACCCUCAGGUGAUCCUUGACUGUACAGGUCAGAAAUGAUCAAAUGUCAAAUUGGAUCGCGCUUACCGCUUUACAAGUUGAGCUUUUGUGCGUACUCCUUUCGCUGGAUCAUUUCUGCAUUGAAACCAGGAACGUGGCUCUUCAUUUCUUAGCUGUGCUGGAUUUCUUCCAGCUAAAGAUGACCCGGGAAUGACGGAGAUGUUAAUGUAGUCAUUUCCUCGAUGACCUGUAAUUCUUAUUCUACAACGCCUCGUUUCCACGUUUGGCCGCCAACUCGCCCCAGGUCAGCCGCCAUUUGUGAAUACGGUGAAUACAAUCUGAUGACAUAACUAAUAUAAUUUAACGUUCUAUUGCAGGACAUUUCAAAUCUACCGUUGCGUUUUUAUUUGAAAGUAAGUAGAUUUUGCUCUUUGAUAAGGUGGGUUAUCAAUGAUUUUGUUGAGGCUGUGAUGUGGAUCAGUGUCCACUCAGGCCUUUCAGAUAGAUAAUAGUAGUAACGGUAAUAAUGGCGUUUAUUAUUCAUUCAAAAUAUUUCCCCGAUCCUGAUUGGCUAAAAGCACAUGCAUGCAUAAUUUACCAUAACCAGCUACUGAUGACCAAAUUUGGAAGAAUUUUGUGAUUGAUCAACAUAUGACGUCAAAAGUGCAGCCUUCUUGCAGGUUAAUUCACCGUUAACCGAAGACUUGGGGACGAGGUCGAGUUAUUAGGGUUCUGAAGACAAAAAUGGCGGACAUUUCACUCGUUUCAAGAGUAAGAAGUAGGCGAAAUAAUAGCUAAAAGCCUGGCAAGAACAGCAAGAAGACAACUCAAAGGGUGGCAUCUGCUAUUUGGAGAAUAUUUGCGGAGCUGAACAACUCUAAUCGUGCACUAUCGAAGAUGAACUUAACAUCGAUGGAGGUAAGCAUCUUUUAGCUAUGUUUUACACUAGGAAUUAUUUUGAAUGAAUAAUAAAACAAUUAUUGAAUUCGGCUUUCGUAUCAUGUGAAGAAUUAUGGAGAUCGAGGAGGGUGUUGUAGGCCUCGACGGAUAACACCCUCCUCGAUCUCAAUAAUUCUUCAUAAGAUACUUCAUUCAUUAGUUGUUAAUUUUUGCACAAGAUAAAAUACAUAUCCCAUGUUAGAAAUAAAGCAAAAUAGCACUAGAAAGUAUAAAACUAGAUAAAAUAGGAAUUUAUAUUAAAGAAGUCAAUCCCAAAGCUAACCUAUAAUUAUUUAAACCCAGUAAGGUUGAAAGCUUAAAGUUUGCACUGGGUCGUAUAAAGAUAUCGACAUUUGCAUAAUUUGUCAAUAUAAGGUAAAUACGUAAAGUUUAUUUCCAAGCAAAUUGAACUAGCCAAGGCGGCUCAUCGGUAUCUUUCCUGCUCUGGUUUCCGUAGCAUUAAAGGGACGGGUUCACGAUACUGCGCAAAACUGAUAGUAGUUGAUUGUUUUAAACCAACCGGAAGCGAGUUAGAUGUACGCGAGGAAUUUACAUAAUUCAAACAGGGGCACCCAACGUCAAUUUUCGGGUUUUCGGGAAAAUAUCUGUUCGGAAGACGAUUCGAGAUCUAGAAUUUUCCGAAAAUUUGUUGUUAACUUUCUUGCUGGGCUGCCUCUCCUAGGUUUUUUGAACACCUAAAAAAUGGUAUAAUUGCCCAUUUUUAACGGAUUUUUACCCUAAAAAAGGUCACCUAGAAUUUUCGGAAGCCUUUUUACUGGCUGCAAUUUUCGAAAAGGUAAGUUUUGAUCCCUAUAAUUUUCUGAUCACUAGACUUUCAGCUAGGAAAUCCGAACAGAUGAAAAAUUUUUAGGGGAUAAAAAUAUACCCAUAUCUACCGUUUUAACACUAAAAUACGUUUAACCAUGCUUUGUUAAAAUGGUUUUGAACUAUAUUCUCGUUGGGUGCCCCUGUUCAAAUUCAUUGUUCGCGACGCGGGAGUAUUUCCGGGCAUUUGGUUUAAUUUUAUACAUCCCCAUAAUUCAUAUUAUUCGUUUCUAUUCCUCAGAUAUAUGUUGCAGCCGAUAAGAAUAAGAAUUACAGCCCUGUCCUGCUUUGAAACAAACAUUUACCUACGUGUAUUUACGUGUACAUACGUACUCACGCAUUCACGCUAACAAAGCAGUCACCGAUCAGCAAAGAAAAUUUGUUAGCAAAACUAGAAUACCUGCAAAUCGCGCCUCACCGGAGACAAAAACACACAAGGUAGGUAGGUAGGUAGGUAGGUAGAUUAUUUAUUUAAAAACUCGGUAAAAUCUUCAGUAAUAAUAGAGUAAAAAUCUAAUCACAAUUAAUUAGACUAAAAACUAUCGACAUACUGUUUUACAAGACUGCCGAGUGAGAGUCCGACGACUCAAAUACAUGUUUGAUUUGCUCUUUAAAUUUCCUGACUGAUUUAGUUUCUCUCACAUUUUCGGGUAAAGAGUUCCACAACAAAGCACCGCUGUAACUGAAACUUCGUUUCAAGUAGUUAGUACGCGGCCUGGGCAACGUCAAUUUAUGAAAGGAAUUGCGCAAAUCAUAGUCUGUGCUUCGUUCGUGAAAUAGGUUCUGCAAGUACACUGGAGCUUGUGCAUUUAGAGAUUUAAACAUCAUUAUUGCUUUAUGCUUCUUUCUCCUUAUAACUAAUUUGUCCCAUUUGAGUAUAUCAAGAAGCAGGCUCGAGCUAGUCCCAUAGUUGGCCUUUAAAAUUACUCUAGCUGCACGGUUCUGUAACUUUUGUAAUUUGUCACUCAGUUGAUCACAAGGUAUGAUUUUAAAGAUUGUCCUAACCUGAGCAUAAAUUUCAAUCCCAGUGAUUAUCAGCAAGUGAACAAAUUCAUUUUCGUUGCCUCGGGUCAGUGUUCAGCAAAAUAAAGGUUAUUGAGUAGAGCACAUACUACCGAAACAGGUAGACUGUUUUUCCGGAGACGUGCGAAAGAGUUUCCGUUAGCGACAAAGGUGAUCGUUUUUGGUCUCGUGUCUAAAAAGAUGUUAGCUCAAAAGGCAAACGCACCUGAUAACAUUCCUUCACAUUUCCUUGCCCGCGCUUUGGCACUAGUCGUCGUUUAUUCGCUUUCGUUUAGUAAUAACAUGAUCCAUAUUUCUUUUCUUUUCUUUUCUUUUACUUUUGAUUUUUAUCAGCUAUCGCCUACGCUUUUACCGCGGAUAUAAGACCUUCCUUGUUUGUUUAUGGAAAAGCCCGCCAUCGUUUGAUUCUCAGCAAUGUGAAGGAAUGCAAUCACGUGAGGUUACGUUUGAUCACGGGGGCCUUUAAUUCAAAUGUUUCUCUUUAGCGGCAACUGUUUGGCGGUCUCCGAAAAAACAGUCUACUUGUUUCGGUAUUAAAAAAACAGAUUAUAAACAGAAUAUUUAGGCAGUAAUUUAUUGUAAAAACAUCAGUUUUUAAACAUAUACGAUCAUACAGCAAAGCUACAAGGAACAGUUCAAAUGUACCAGAUCCGGGUGAAGAUCACGCAGCCUGUUGCGUACUUUUCGGUAUAACUACAGGUCGAAGUCAAGUCACGGCGAGCAUGCGCAGUAUCGUGAACCCGUCCCUGUAACAACCAGAAGUAUCGCUACUUCCCCUGGAUGUGAUGCUACAAUGUAGUCCAUUGUAGGGUUACCCCCCAGCAUUUUGUUAGGUUUACCUAAUGGUCGUUGGCAACCAUUUUCCCGCCUGGGCUGAGUUGUUCAAAACCUGGUCAACGUUAAGACGGGGAUAAGUUAUAUCUUUGAUUGUAACCGUUGCUUUUGGCAGUUGCCUGCAUGAUGAUUCCCUCGCAAGACAGGGGCAAGAUGCAUGACACUCUGAGUAGCAAUAAAUGUUUAAGAUUUAAUCCAGUUCCUUUCAGCCUACUUGUAUUCUGCUCUAGUUCAACUAUUGAGCACUAUUGUAGUCACUAUUGAGUCACUAUUGUAGUCACUAAUGUGAAUAUAAUGUUUAGAUGGUACGUGAUCCUCCAUUUUCUUUUGCAGAGUUUGACAUGGACGACCAGGAUAGCGAAUGUAAGUAUUGAAUGAGAAAGAACACAAUACACUUAAGAACUACCAUUUGAGUAGUAGAGGAGGAACCGGUUACGCCGUUUCUUUGCGGAUUUAAUUAACUUUUUGUGCGGUAUAAAUUAACGCAGAUGACGUCAUGCAUCUCAUUAAGAUAGGAUGAUGUCAUUCUUUAAAUUAAUGCCGAUGACGUCACGCAUGCUAUUAAGAUAGGAUGAUGUCAUUGUUUAUUUGUAGCUGUCAAGGAGCAAGUGACGUCAGCAUUUCCUAAAGUUGACGUCAUCAAAAAAUGUGGAGAUCAUAAUCUAUAAACAGAAAAGUGAUUUUUAUAUAAUUAGCUAUUUGCUAUAGUCUUCUGAUUAGAUAUUGUUUGCUAUAGUCUUCUGAUUGGAUAUUGUAGAAACUGUUAUGUGUUCAAAAUAAAAGCGGGCAAAUUUUGAACGUGUUAUCUUUGCAGAUUAUACUAAAUGAAAAAUCUUUAAUCAUUAAAUUAUUUUCACUAAAAAUCGGUUAUAAACAAAACCAAGACACGGAGGUUAACUGAAAAAUCUUUACUUCAAAAGAAGGGAAAAGGAGGUUAAGCGAAUGCGAAAUCGUACUAAUUUUUCAGGCAAAACAUGAAAACGAGGUCGCAGCUCAGCGAAGCGAAAAACUGCCUAUCAAGCAAAAAUGUCAAUCUUUGUUUAUUUGACUCUGUAAAAAGUAUUGCACAGGGUAUAAAAAUUCUAUAGAAAACAACAGGUGGUUCUAAAGUAAACCCUAACUCUUUUGGUUCUUGAAUAAACUCCAUUCUAGUAACGAAUAAGUGGAACGUCUAUUUAAAAAAAAGAUAGGAAUAAGAGGUGCGAUCGCCUGGCAACACAUGUCUUCUUAUUUAGUGCUAAAAAUCGGAUACAUAAACAAAACACACACACACAUACCCAAAGUGGAGCUGAAAACUCUCUAUUUCAAUUUCGACUCACCAAUACAAAAGCGUUUUCUCCGUUCCUUCUCGAGGAAACGACUAACUAUUGAAGUCUCAGCCCUUGGGCUUGAUGAGCUUAUGGUCUUGCGCGCCGUUAGUCAGUUAAUUAUGCGAGGUCACAAGCCCAAAGUUGAAUACAAAUUAGUUGAUCUCUACAGCUAGACCCAAGGGAGCACCUUGACGUAUUAUUAUAUAAACAAUUUUACAUAACUUAACAAAGAUCAAUUUGAACACGCGACUAAUAAUUGCUAGCAAUGAAACCACAAGAGAGAUACCGUUUUAAAAACUUUAUUAAAAGUCAAUAACAAAAAGAGUCAAAUACACAGCGAUUUGAAAGGAAAAGGAAUGAAAAUUAAUCCUUUGACUGACUAUUACAAAUCAGUUUUUUUCCGUUCUAUUUCGAGGAAUAAUAAAUAAUCCUUCCGUGUCUACACAAUUUUCCUAUUGCCUCGAAGCGAAGAGUUCGACUUUCUUUGUUUCUUGCGCUUUGUCUUGUUCUUUGUAGUCGGUCUUUUAGCUUUUGCUACAAAAGAAGCUUCAUUUCUCUGUGAUCUUGACAGUUCGCAGUACACCGUUUCUUGUGUCUGUACUGGAUUGCGAUGGUGAUUUUUUCCGGAAUUAUCCGCUUCACUUUCGUAAACGACGACUUUGACUUUAGGUUGCAGUUUCGCCUCUUGUAAAUACUGUCUUCGCUGUAUGUGGUCUAACUGAUGAACAUCCGCGAGAUGGUUAGCUAAUCUGACAAGGUACUUCGCCCCACACGAUGAAAUAGGACAGUUUCUGCAAACUCUCUUGUAAACCAUGUUGACAGUUCGAUUGCUGAACACAAAUGACAUCUUUUUUCGCAAAUAGUCAGGUUAUACAGAGUGUCAGAAAGGCCAUAGUUGGUGUAGUUGCUGUAGUUGGUGUAGUUAAUGUAGUUGCUGUAGUUGCUGUAGUUGAUGUAGUUACUGUAGCUGCUGUAGUUGGUCUAGUAGCUGUAGUUGGUGUAGUAGCUGUAGUUGGUGUGGUUAGUGUAGUUGCUGUAGUUGGGACACUAACUACACCAACUAUAUAUGCAAACUACAGCAACUACACAUACUACACUAACUACAUAUACUACACCAACUACACAAAGUACACCAACUACACAAAGUACACCAACUACACAUACUACACCAACUACAUAUACUACACCAACUACACACACUACACCAACUACACCAACUACAGCAACUACACCAACUACAUAACUACACCAAAUACACAUACUACACCAACUACACUAACUACACCAACUACACAAACUUCACCAACUACACAUACUAAACCAAGUUCAUAUACUACACCAACUAGAGUAACUACACCAACUACAUCAAGGCUCAAAAUAACGGACAGCAGGUCGCCGGUCAUGAUGACCGGCCAAAUAUUUUUUAGCCCGGACAAACCCCGAUUUUUGCCGGUCAAAUUAAUGAAUAUUAUAAUUAUUUUUUUGCCCAUGGAAUAUCGAAUUACGCCGGCAGUAGAUCGUUGUACGCCAUUCCGGGACGGCAUUGUCGUUCAGGUUUUUGCCGGCAAGUUGGUGAAAAAUUCAUUCACACGUUGUUGAGUUCCUUUGCGCGAUUUUCGCCCGUUUUAUGUCCGUUUAUAUAUACCUUCAGUAUCAUCGUACGGUAUCUGCAUAUCGGUGAAACUUGAUCCUUUUCGUUGCCCGGCACGUGAUCGAAAGUCUCCUCCACCAAAAAGAAUUUCGUUGCUAAACAUUUGCGGCAAAGAAGUUGAUUUGGCAAGAAAUUUGUUCCAAAAACAGGGUAUUCGUCAUCAGAAGUCAAUAAAUAUACAGCAGGGCUUUCGUUUGGGUCGUCGCGCAACACUUUAUCGCGAACGGCUUAUCAAGAAGGAGGAUUUUAAGCGCCGAGAUAGGCGACCUUUCGUUCUCGAUUAGCUUAGUUUUUAUCAGACAAUUCUGGAAUCGAGUCUGCAAACGAGAUCAUGUUCGACAUAAAGAAAUUGUCAUAAUUAAUCGAUGCGCUGAAAUUUAUUCCCAGAGAAACAUUACAGGACGAGCGAUCGAUUAGCCCCAAUUUCGUCGAAGGUGAUUUUCACAAUCCUCUUACAAGUAGAUGUGAAACGUUUGAUGGACAAAAACUGUCACUCAUCCUUUAGUUUUCUAAAAAAUAACGGAUUAUUGUUAGCGUAUGUUUUCCCAAAGAAGGUCGCAUUACUGAUCACAGCAAAGCAGAACGUUUUUCUUUGAAGGGUUUAGUGCAAAGCAGCAAAAAAAGCCAAAGAAAGCAGCGAAUUAGAGCGUUAUAGAGCAAAACGCAUUAAGCGACAAGCAUCCAAAAAUGACCGGUCAAAAUGACCGGCCAGACGAGAGUUUGACCGGUCAAGCCCACGAUCAGGCCGGACAUUGUCCGUUGACCGGCCGUUAUUUUGAGCCCUGUACAUAUACUACACCAACUACACAUACUACACCAACUACAGCUACUGCACCAACUACAUAUACUACACCAACUACACAUACUACAAGAACUACAUAUACUACACCAACUACACAUACUACACCAACUACAUACACUACACCAACUACACUAACUACACAAACUACACCAACUAACAUACUACACCAACUACGUAUACUACACCAACUACACAUACUACACACACUACACCAACUACAUAUACUACACCAACUACACUAACUACACCAAGUACACUAACUACACCAACUACAUUUACUACACCAACUACACUAACUACACUAACUACGCUAAGUACACCAACUACAAAUACUACACCAACUACACUAACUACACCAACUACAUAUACUACACCAACUACAGCAACUACACCAACUACAGCUACUACAGCUUAGUUAUUCAGAUCCAGAGGGCACUUUGGAGAAAAUUGGAAUCCAUAUUCAGCCGUAAUAACAAAGCUUUACGCUUCAAAAGAGGUCAAAGAAAAUGCGCUUGCAUCAGAGGGCAAAUCCUGCCGACCAGAAAACAAUAACUACAGUCAAUCGAUAUGUGUCAUGACCUCUCAGUGUGAAACAUGCGGCUAAAAUCACAUUUGCUUAGUAUAAAUGCAGAACCUUCCAGAGCAUAAUCUACCCAGCAUAUAAAAACAACUUUAUUGGAAUAAGCAGCAUUUUGGCAUGAGGUAAAAGUCGUGUAGGCCUACCACCCCCUUUUAUUGCCUUCUUUCAGAGUGUCUCUUGAUCUGUUUGCCUUUUAAGCUCGAUUCAAGGUUUCCCUGAUGCUAGCGAAGGCGAGAAAAUCAAGUUGUAACGCGAACAUAGGUGAAUUUUGUUCUGUUAUUUUUGUUUGUAUGUUUGCUUUUUCAUGGCGCCUUAAAUUACUUGGAUAUAUUUCGAAUUCAGGCAAAUGCGAUUAUAAAGUGCGUUAAGAGAGAAACUUUUUGGUGUACACGGCGUACAAGAAAUGUUCUUUCGACUUUCGUUUAGUUAUUUCAACAAAUUAAGUUUCAUGAAUUGAAGUGUGGAUCUUUCAACUUUGAGUCACAUAAAAACCGCAUGCAGCGUUCAAGUUAUAAUAAAAUAAUUAUUGCUCGAGCCUUUCCCGGUAGCACUGCACUUUAUUUUUUUUGAAGUAAUGAUUUAGAAAGCUAUUAAAAGGAAACCUAUAUCCAUCCGACUGCUUUCAUUAGAGAGCUUAAGCAAAGUCAAACAAAUUCAAGCAACUUUUGAACGAGCAAAACAUUACUCUGCACGUUCACCAUGCACCCUUUUCUGUCGGAUUUUUUUCUGUCGCUGCAUGACUAAAAAUCUUCUUUUGUUUUAUUAGUACAAAUGAAAUUAUCCGAUUACUGCCAGUAUAUCUACAUCUACUUGGGUCAACUAACAGCUUAUUCCGGUCUGUUGUUAACUGAUGCUAUAUAAUUAUGCAACGCAUGUCAUAAAAUGUACAUGUAUCGUUUGUUUUUUAACAUUGUGUUUCAUCAACCUGUAAGCCCGGAAAUAACUCACUUCGCAUAUCGAACGCACUCUUUGAUCUAUGAUUACUCCUAGUAUUAUUAUUAAUGGAGGGUUGCUCUGGCCUCUGGUCGCUCGUCUUCAUAAAAUGGUAUGCUAUGUUGCGAUAUACAUCGAAAUUCGUCUUCAAAAUUACUGCAACCCGGAACAACGCAAAUAGUGGGCAUUCUUAUGUGUAUUUUUGCAUGUAGCUUUGCCGUUACAGAGAUAGCGGAAAAUACAACUUCUCGAUUUUACGUCACUAGUUCCAUGCCCCUUAUUAAUUCAUGCUCGGACUCGAACAAAAGUGGCGUCGUUUUUCACCCAAUUUUACGUACUUCAACAGGGCACCAAAAAUCGAGGUUUAACCAAAUCAAAAAAAAAUUGCGAAGACGUAAUCCACAUAACAAGAGUAUUUAGCGCGUGAACUUGCUUAAUACUGCGUGGCUUCAUUACUUUUUAACUUGUAUGUUAAGAGUUUUCAAAGAUUCGUGAUUGUGAAUCGUGUGUAAAAAGGGUACAUAAUUAGUUAUCGUACUUGAACAAAAAAUCGGUAUUUCAUAGUUGGAAAAUGAUCUCUGUUUUCACCUUCCCACGUCCAUGAUAAUGUUGAUUUUGAACCAUCCAUUGUUGCUACAUCUUUUUCAAACUCAUUAAUAAUUCAUUAAGAAAAUACAAAGGAAAUUAAUGUUUAAUGAGUGUUUGGAAAUCGGAUGAAAUACUACUUAGUAUUUGCAUCCUUAAUUUCUCCUUCAAAAAUGAUUUUGUUUUAGAAGAAAUAUCAAACAUUCGACACAGUGUUUCAUCACCAGAUGAAACACCUCGAAGUUCGUCAAAAAUACUCCGCUGCGCGUCGUUUUUUCAACUCUCUUCUCGGUGUUUUAUCUGGUGAUGAAACACUGCAUCUCAUGUUUGAUAUAUUACUUCCAGCGUUGUUUUGGGGGGAAGGGGGAAUCAGAAAAGUGAAUCAUGCCUGCCAGUGGGAACUGUUUACUUAGGUGUAUCAAGGAUUUACGUGUAUGACCAAGAUUGUAGCUUGACAGUCAAGUGCACAUUUGCUAUUAACAGAAAAUUAAUUUUUUUUUCUAUUUUUUGUUAGAUGAGGAGGAAGACGAUUUUGAAGAAGGUAUGUUACUGUACGUGGUCUGUGAUACUCAUUCAUGUGUAAAUAUUUGAAUUAUUGUACUAUGAAUCUGGUUUUGAACCAUUUUCAACCGCAGCAAGUUGACUAUGUCCAAUAGUACAGCACUGAUACAGAGUGUUGUUUGCGCUUGACAGUCGGUACUGUUUGUAUAAACUGUCACUAUUGCUUAUUGACCAUCAUAUGCAGUCAAUGGUCCGUAUGUUUCGCACGGACUCAUUCCAAUAACAGUGAGAAACUUAUCGUGUAAGCGAGCAGUGAAGUGUAGUAUGUGGUCCAUACGUUGUAUAAGUACCAUCAUCCUGGUUUUACGGCCGUCACAUACGAUUCACGGUCCAUUAGUAGAUUUAUUAUAUCUCUCAGUUAGUACGCUCUAUGAUUAGUCAACUUUCCUGUCCGUAUUUUACAGUGUGGCCUACAAAAUUUAAGAAACCCGGCAUCGGCCUAACAUCCGUUGACAAGAGUUGUUUUCUACGGUAAAAAAUAUCGAGGGGAAACGAUCGGAGCUAACGGAUCAACGUGUCUGGUUAGAAUAGCUCCCUUCAAGGGAAUUUUGCUUUCACUUUCACAGAAAAAACUCGAUACGCCGCGAAUCAAAAAUCAUUAACAAUUUGUAAAACCUCCAAUAAAUCGGCAAAUGCUUCAUUUGAACUCUAACAAUUGAGUUCAGGAUUGUCGAAAGAGUACUUCUUCGUAAGAAAACUUCCUUACAGGCCUAGCUAAACUAGGAAACAUUGUUUCUUGCCAUAUUUCCUGACAAAACUGGGAAACAGAUGUUUCGGAAGCAAACUUUGUGUAUGCUAAGCAAAAAUGUUCUUGACCUAAGGCAAAAGCAUUUUCUUUUGGCCGAGCAGCAAAAUUUGUUUCCGCAACGUAUAUUUCCCGCUCCGCUAAACUGGGAAACAUUUGCCUCCCUUACGAGAGAAUCCAAGUUUGAGCAAUUCAAUGCAUUAUUACUAUUUACGUUCAUUACCGGAGUUCAUAAAGCAUCGGUCAAAUGUUGGUGAUAGUUAAAACUUGCACUCUCGUUUGGCCACGAACUGUUAUGCAGUAACAUCGACUAUCAUGAAUUAUUAAAAACUGAGUCAUGGGAUAAUGCAGUUCUAGCGUUUUGAUUGGCUUAGCCAUCAUGGUUUAUAAGCUGUUAUAGCAUGCUUUCCCUAUACGGUCAGUGAACACGUCAGUUCAAAAUGGGAAGCAAGCGGAGAAUUUUUUCGGGAAGGAUGAAAUGGCGCCCGAAGAAGAUCGUUUUAAUUCUUAAAAUACUAGGAAAUGCAUUUUCUUCGGGAAAACAAAACGAACAAAUAAAAAAGCCACAAGAGUUUGGUUGAAAGUUUAUCGAAAAAUACAUGACACUAAAAUACCUCAACCAGCUACGAAAGAAGACAAGUAUUGUUUCUUCAUGAUCGCGAAGCCACUCGCCGAUAGAUAACUGGCUUCAGCCUGUUUAUCCGACGUAAAAAGUAUAAAUCACAAGCAACUAGCUACAAAUACGGGCUAUGCGGCCAUUCACUACAGCAAUCCAGACGUCAAUAUAGCUUCUUCUUUCGUUUAGCAAAACCAGCUGACGGCUUCAAACAACUUCAUAACAAGCUUUGCGUGAGUUUCUGAAUGGCGACUUAGGCAAUAGUUUUUCUCCGUUCCUCCUUUAGUAACUGCCUCAAAAGCCAAAUUUACAGUAAUUUCGACGGCUGCACUUCAAAAUUAUUUUGUUCUCAUCACCGGCAAGGUUUUUAGCUGUCCUGCUGUGUACAAUCCAAGAAUGCCGUAGCCUGCGUAGCAUGGCGGUUUUGGUUGGGCGAACUAAGUGAUAAAGGCGGGCGAGGGCAGAGAAACCGCGAGCAGAUUGGAGCGGGAGCAACUUGAAAAACCGCCUGCACGGACGGGGGGCUUUUUUGAGUCGGUCCGUACGCCAGCGUACGGAUCGUUCCGAUUGGUUCGGAAUGUUCGCUUGUCAAUCAAAUAUUUUGGUAAUCUCCCAUGGGAGAGUUUCGAGGGACUGAACAAAACAUCUCCGCAAAACAAAAUCAAAAUAUCAAAGAAGCGUUGACUGGAGCGUCGUCGAUCUUGAAUAUUUGACGGGAAAACAGGGCAAUUGUAUUGAAGCCUAAACAGGAAAUGGCCAUUUACAGUCUUCUUCAAAGGAGAGAUGUCAUGGAAAUUUUGUCAACAAGAUUUGGCAGGAGCAUGAUCUUUACUGUUUUUGCUAUGGCCAAAGAAGAAAUAUCGUCAUCGAAAACCUGUAUGAUCACAAUUUCCCCUCUAAAAAGUACUAUCGACGACCAGAUAUCUGAAAUGUUGUCGCUGAGCUGUACAGCAAUGGACCUUAUGACAGAAACAGUAAAAUUCAGUGCUUCGAGAAAGUUCACCUCAAUUUUCUCUAUUACUCGGUGUUAGACAAUAACGCACUCCAGCGCAAUACUACGAACGUUGUCCGCGAUUGUGGUCGAUGAAUCGCAUAUUGCAGUCUGUGGAACUCCAUACUUCUCCAUACUUUUUUGCUUGGUGUAGCUUAAGUUUAAGCCACAACUCAAAUCUGAAGAUCGCGCUAUACGUAAAAAUACAACAUCCUGCAAACAACACUUAAAAAGCCGGGCACAGCGUCAAAACAUUCACGAACAAAGAAACUACAAACCAAGGCUCCUUGGUUUGUAGUUGUCCAGAUCUAGGCAUUUUAGUCGGAAAAGACCAAGGAAACUAAAAUAUUUAUUUAGCGGUAAUAAAAAGCUUUAGGGUUUAAGAAUGGUCAAAGAAUUUAGUACUUUACAACUGCAUCUGAGAUCAACAAAUUCUAAUUAGCAACACUAACAAUAACCACAGGAAAUAAUUACUCAAUGCGGAUUAAACAAACCAACUUCAUGACCUAUAAAUAAAUGUAAGACUUAGUGCAGCAGAAAUAAGAUCUACUCAGUCAAGUUUAGAGCGCAGUGUAGUCACCUAUGCGCGAGAUAGCUACCAAAAAAAAAACCUGUGUUUGUUCAAGCAAACUCCAAUUCCGGCCAAGGUCACGUUUUACACAAAAUCACGAGCUUUUGUGUCGUGUUUAGGCUGUCAACACUAUAUUUCUGAUUGGCUGGGAAAACUGAAACCAAACAAGUUGUCAACAGGAUGUCAAAAUGAGUUGAAGGGGGCGGCAGUUGAAAAGGCCACGAAUCCGGGCAGGCGGUUUUUAUUUUUCUCGCGGCUUCGCCGCUCGUUCUCGCGCGCUUCGCGAGCGAAUUUUUCGUGGAUACGCCGCCCCUGCGCCCGGCUCGACAAAACCGCCAUGCUACGCAGGCUAAGAAUGCCGAUGUAUUUUUAAAAGUGUAAUCAUGUAUUGAUUUUUCAUUCAUCCAGUCUGUUCGCGCGAUUACAGUUUUGAUAGACGUGUGACACGUGAAAAGCGGAAGUACCUUGUCUUUUCCAGUUUGAACUAACAAAAUAAAGUCGGGGGGAUUCUUCGAGAUUUUGUGGGCGUAUUUAAGAAAACAAUUAUUCGACUCGCGCUUGUUGGAUAUGAGAUUUUUAUAGCCAACUCGUAUCCAACCCAGCACUCGUGGAAUAAUUGUUAACUAUCAUUCACUUUUGCCUGAUUAAAUUAUUCGUGAUAGUCGAUGAUAGUUUGUACCAUUUUACCACGCGCGCAUGAUAGUUGUUGACAGCUGAUAGUUGGAGUUUUGAGCUAUCACCGAUUAUCAUGCGUCCUUUGACCAUGCCUUAACUGGAGCAUAUAGUGUUAGAUUACCAAGGUUGAGUAAUACGUGAAAAGAAUUUCUGUUAAUAUCCUUUGCUUUGGUGAAGUGUCACAUGGAAAUGUUUAUGAUACUAUUACCAUGACAGGAUUUUCCUCUGAAGGAUCCGUUGCUGCCGAGAGGUCCAUAUUUUCAAGCCGCUUCUCACAGGGAUACGCCACAGCUGUUACUUUUUCGUAUGUGUACCGCUACGCACUGUCAGGAACCCAGUCUGCAUGCUCUUCGUUGGUACCAACCAUCCAGACAUCGCCACAUGGCUAUCAAAUUUUUAUUUACGAUUGCAUUGAGGAUGUAAUGCUUGCAAAUAAUUUCGUUUGGUCCCGGGAGUCGAUUAUAUAUCUAUGGGCUUUUCUCCAUCAUCAUUUGUUCUUUCCACCCAUUCUGGAUGUAAAACUGGCAAAUGAUAUUCCUAAAUUCGGCUAUGAUAAAUCAGCUGGUUUUUAUGCAAACCGCUCAAACCUUUUGUUUGGUUUGAGCUUAAAUUCGCAGCAUUGGAAAGAGGUCGACCCAGAGGAAGGCAGAAUGCUGCGCCCACGCUGA